AUGGCGGACGCGCGAGGAGAGUACUGGUACUUCGAACCAGACGUCGACUCGAACAGGAUAACGGUGCCAGAGCUGCGCAGCAUCCUCCUGAAGCACGGCGUGGUGUAUCCUACCUCGGCGAAGAAGUCUGUUCUUCUGGGGCUGUUCGAGGACCAGGUCGUCCCGCAGGCGGCGAAGAUACAAAGGGCUCACGCGCGAACGAAGCGGUCCACGCGGGGCAUCGAAGACAUCCCCUCGAGCACUGCAAGCACGACGACGGACGAUCAAGAAGACGAGACGCUGCUUCCGCCGCAGCCGACAACGCGGCGCACCUCACGACGGACGACGCGGGCGGCGACUGAAGAAGCCGCUGAGAGGCCAGCGCCAGCACCACGCGGAAAGACUCCGUCGUAUACCGUGCCUACAAAGCAUGCCCGGGAGCUAGACGCCGAUGCGGAAGAACAGCCGGCAAUGAGGCGCUCCCGCAAGAGCAGGGCUCCCGCGGUGAAGGAGGAGUCACCGGACCCGGAGGCGUGGCAUCGCCAGGACGCCGCGAGUCCCUUCACACAGGAAAAUCCAUUCCAGAGCGGCAGCUCUCCGCCUGUCCCCGACUCGAACGCUCGAGAGAGGCGGAGAAGGACCAUGGGCUUUGAGCACAAAGAGAAGCGCAAGAGCGACGGCAAUCGCCGGAGGACCAUGCAGCCCAAGGUGGAGCAGCUGGAUGACGGCAUCGUGGUACCGACGCGCAAGACCUUUGAUAUGCGCCCAUCCCGUGCCAACAAAGAAGAGCCGAUGGAGGAACCUGAUGGCAUCGACGCGGGCGAGGAUUUCACGCCAGAAGAGCAGCUGGAGUUGGUGCGCGACCGCGCGAAGAACGGAGAGAUGGAUAUCCUUCCACCUCGGCGACGCAAGCAACCGUCCAAGGCUGCAGGAACGCUGAAGGCAUUCUCGUUGACUCUUCUUACUACUGGUCUCGCCGCCUUUGGCGGAGUUUGGAGGCAGGAGAAAUAUGCCGUAGGAUUCUGCGGCAUCGGCAGGGAUCACUCAACAUCGCUUGCUGGAAUCGAGAUUCCAGAGUUUGCGAGCGGCAUACUGCCGCAAUGUGAGCCUUGCCCGCCGCAUGCUACGUGCUACCCAGAGCUGCGCGUCACCUGCGACCCAGACUUCAUUAAGAAGGAGCAUCCGCUAUCGCUAGGGGGCUUGAUUCCGCUGCCACCGACAUGCGAACCAGACACCGAGAAGACGCGGAAGAUCACGAUUGUAGCCGAUCGCGCGGUGCAGAUUUUGAGAAAGCGCAAAGCACAGUAUGAGUGCGGAGAGCUAGAUGCCGAGGGCAACGUCGUUCAGAGCCCUGACGUCAGCGUGGGGGACCUUAAGCAAGGCAUCCUGGCUCAGAAACGCAAGGGUAUGUCGAACGAAGAGUUCGAGGAUCUGUUCGCAAAGGCUAUCGGGGAGGCAACCCUACGAGAGGAAGUCGUCGAGGGCUCCGACGGAAACACUGGUGAACGACGACUUGCAUCCACCUCACUCGCAGAGCUCUCCCUCGUCUGCAGCAUCCGACGAUCCCUCCGAGAGACGCUGGAGCGACAUCUUUUCAGCAUUGCCCUCGUAAUUCUCACCAUCGCAUCUGGCUCCUACGGCAAGUAUUCCAUUUCUUCCAAUCGAGCCAUGGAGGCGCGCGCGAAGCAGCUGGCUAGUGACGUCUUCGAUCGACUGGCCAACCAGGCGGCAUUGAGCACUCAGGAGCCUGGCGCGUAUCCGGAGCGAGGCAUCAGUAUGAACCAACUUCGAGACGAUGUAUUGCGCAACGAGUUCUCUGCUUCCAGGCGCAUCAAGCUAUGGCAGCGAGUGCAAAAGAAGGUGGAGCACAAUUCGAACAUUCGCGCUGCAGUAAGAGAAGGACACAGUGGGGAUAUUACGCGCAUGUGGGAAUGGAUCGGACCCGUUCAGCUUAUUGAGGAUGGCCGCAGCAGCGGAAAGCGCGAUGGUGGCCGAUACAGCCUGGGGUGGGCCCCUGGCAGCAGUCCUCCCCAGCCCAACGAGAUGAAGGAGGUCAAGCAUUGGGAUGAAGGCCAUCCCAUCUACUAG